AAACUGUCAACUUCUGUAACCUGUUUGGUGUUGGUGUAUUAAAGUUUCAUUACAUGACCUAUUGUUUUUCGAAAAGAAUUAUACGCCUGAGUAACUAAAUAUGAAGAUUGAUAGCAAACCACUAAGAUACGCUCAUGCUGAAGGCCAUACUGAUCUAUGUUACACUGAAAAUGGACAAAACAUUAUAACAUGCGGGAAUGACGGCGAUGUUAGAAUAUGGGUAGAUAUUGACGACGAUGAUCCCAAUUCACAUUGUGUUGGGGAAAGUGCAGUUUCUGUUUGCUACAAAGAAAAACGACUCUAUGUGGCCACUGAUAAUCACGCAGUUCAAGCUUAUACGUACCCUGCCUUUGAUAAAGAUGGUAUUGUCACGAGAUUUACGGCCCCAGUUACACAAAUCAAAUCAACAAAUAAAAUUGAGGCUUUGGGAUGUACAUCAGAGAACAUGGAAGCUAAGAUAUGCAGCCUUGAAGGUGGUGCUCCAUUAUUUGUUAUGAAGGAACACACUGGGCCUGUACUAAGCAUUGCAAUAUGUCCUCACAUGAAAUAUGCUAGCACAGCUUGUGGUGAUGGAAAGUUGAGAGUGUGGGAUAUUGACACACAAAAAAUUGUGAAGGAAACCUCUUGUAUACCAAAGAUCAACACAUUUUACGCUGCCAAAGUACUAUGUCGAAUGGAUUUUGAGCCCACAGAAGGAAAGUAUUUAGCAUACCCUAAUAACAGAGAGGUUGUCUUGUUAGACUGUGAGAGUUGGGGGCAGAGGAUGACAUUCACACAUCAUUUGAUUAAAUGUGCGAUAUCACAGUGUGUGUUUUCACCAUGCGGGGAGCAUUUAGCUGGUAGCACUGUUGCUGGGCAAAUUGCAGUGUGGGAAACUGGCUCUGGAGUGUGCACCGGUAUCAUUGAACACCCUACAUCACACAAUGUCACUGCUAUGGCUUGGAAUCCUAAAGGUAAUGGUGUGUUGGCAUAUUGUGACACUGCUGGUCAACUCGGUAUGCUAGUUAACUGCUACGGAAAAGACAGCAGCAAAUUUGGAGCUGACUCUGAGGAUGUAGAAAUGGUGGAGAGGGAUAAUGACGAUGGCGACGUAGUGGAUGACUUAAUAGAGAAUUACGAAAGUGACGAUGACAAUGCUAUAUCACUUGAAAGAAUUAAGAAUGAGACUCUUGGGAUUACUAAGGAGCACGAACAGGAUGACUCGCGGCCGGCGUCCAGGCGCGAAACACCCGCGCCCUCUACUGUACCACCACAACCACCCUUCCAACCGUCUUCCACACCUGUACACUUGGAGCAUAGAUACAUGUGUUGGAAUGAUAUAGGCAUAGUGCGCUGUCAUACCCAAGAAAAUGGAGAAUCCACUAUUGAUGUAGAAUUUCAUGACACGAAUUUGCAUCAUGGCAUACAUUUGAACAACUAUUUAAACCACACAAUGGCGAGUUUAUCUUCUACCGUAGUUGCUUUGGCUUGUGAAACGCCCAGUAAGCUGGUGUGCAUAUCUCUGGUAGGUAGCAGCAAGGAGUGGAGUGUGUCGAUGCCGGACACUGAAGAGAUUUUAUGCAUAACAGCGGCAAGUGGCAUCGUCGCCUGCGCUACUAACCUCCGCCUGCUUCGGCUGUUUACACCGCUAGGCACACAGCGACAGGUAAUUUCACUGGCUGGCCCAGUGGUUACUUUAGCAGGUUACAAUACUACAGUAUUUGCUGUGUACCAUAGCACAGACCCGGGACCCUCAGAUCAACAUCUCGCUAUGGAUAUUAUAGCUGUUAAUGGUCAGCAAGUCCGCAGCCGCUCAGUGGCGGUGCCGCUGUCGCCGGGCAGCCGCCUGCGCUGGCUGGGCGCGGGCGCGGCGGCGGGCGCGGGGCCGGGCGGCGCGGCGGCGGCCGACAGCGCGGGCCGCCUGCGCCUGCUGCCGCCCGCCGCCGCGCUGUGGCUGCCGCUCGCGGACAUGGACGCGCACUCGCGGGGAGCUUCCGACUCGUGGUUCAUUGUCUCUGUAAGUGAGACAACACAAAAAGUUCGUGCUAUACUCUGUAGAGGAACCUCCUUCCCAGCAACGGUACCGAAACCAAUCGUCUCAGAAUUACCUUUACAAAUACCACUAUGUGAAAUGGAUACGGAAAAAAGCCAAUACGAAGAACAAUUAGUAAGAUGGGCUCACACCUCGGCGGAUGUUGACGUAAAGACUGCGAGAGAAACUGCAUUGAAACUUUUUGCGCUUGCAUGCCGUAGCGAGAUCGAACAAAGAGCGUUGGAACUUAUGGAAUUACUGAAAGACGAUCGUUUACUCCCUCUAGCGGCCAAAUAUGCCUCGCGUUUGGGCCGUGUGCAUUUAGCCGACAAACUUUCUAACCUAGCAGAAACUUGGGAGAAAGACUCUGACAAACUGAACGUCGCACAAAACUCACACUUUACAGAGCUUGACACACAGGAAACGAAUGACGACACUAAUGCGGGAGAAGAUUUAAAUGCGAGUUUAAUUAUACCACAAAAAGUUAAAGAGAAAAAAGUUGAAGCCGAAACGACUCUUAAGCCAAUUCCCAUUAAGUCAUCGCCUGGUAGAGCUAGAAACAUUUUCAAAAAACAAGCAUCAAACACAAAGAAUGGGCCGAGUCCACUAAGCUUGACUGAGAGAACACUAGUGGAGGUGCACAAUCCUGCUGAUACUACCGAGAAUGAUGACCCUUUGACACCUAUAGGAUCUGAAACCUUUGUAGAAUGGUUCACAAGAAAUAAAUCCGUUCUCGAAAAUCAGAACCCUGGACUAGGGCCAUCAGAAUUAACACGCCAUGGCAUCAAGCUCUUUAAGACUGUACAAGGAAAGAAUGCAACUAGUUCAGAAAACGGUCCUAAAAGAAAAUUGGACGAAGAUAGCAAUGGAACAGAACCCGUCGUCAGUAACGCUUCUAAGCAAUCAAAACUUAGUGCCUUCGCUUUUCAAAAGAAAACAUAAAAUAAAUAAGAGCAGUUAAUAAUCAUGGAAUUGUAAAUAGUCCCUUUGUCUUUUAUUUAUACAAUAAAAUGUUUAAAUAUAAUUAUGCAUCCAAAAUGA